AUGGGUAAUACUCCACCCCACCAUAAAAGACGUUUUUCUGGGGAAAGUUCUGGUGGAUUCCCAAACCCUACACCACCUAGUGUCAGUGUUAUUACCCCUCCAUCAAAAAAACGAAAUACGCAUAGUUUAACAAAUUUAUCCCGUUCUGCUCCAGCUGAUUAUCCAAAUGAUGAAAUGUCAAUAAUGAAUGAUGAUAGUGCUAGUCUUCAUGAUGAAGAUACUAUAUCGAUUGAUGAAGCUACUUCAAUGAUGCGAGCUACUAGUCUACGUGAACCUAUCAAUACUAUUAUCAACAAUGCUCCUACUCAUGAUAAUUCUAAUGCCAUGAACCGAUUAGGUUGUCGUCGUAUUAUACCAUCUUCCGGUGGUGAUGAUGAGAUGUUACUGUCUAAUUUUCUUCAACAAAGACCAUCUAGUGCAGAUCCAUCGUGUUUUAUAGAUGAACAACAUAUAAUGCAUAAGUUAAAUCAACGAUCACAAUUUAUGUCAAGUAAUAAUACUCCGACAGAUCGUGCAAAAACUUUACCAACUAGGAAUUUGGCUAGUUUAAAACUUCCAACUGUUUUUCGAUGGAAUGGUGGUGGUAAAGAGAUAUAUAUUAGUGGAACAUUUAAUAAUUGGGAAAAAAGAAUUCCUAUGGUUAAAAGAAACUCAGGAGUUUAUGUGAUUAUCGAUUGUAAACCAGGUACUCAUCAAUAUAAGUAUUUUAUAGAUGGAGCAUGGUAUCAUGACCCGACUAAACCAACUGUAGAUAAUGAAUAUGGUACAAAAAAUAAUGUUGUUCAUGUGAAAUCAUCGGAUUUCGAUGUUCUACAUGCAUUGGAACAAGAUCAAGCUAGUAGUCGACGUCGUUCAAAUAGUUCCGAACCUAGUGAUGUGGAUGGUUUGAGUCAUUCGCCUCCUGGAGAAUAUGGUCGUUUUAUACCUACAGAUAUAUGUGAAUUAAAAAAUCAAUCAACAUCAGUACAAACUAGACAUAUGUCAAUUUCACCAAGUGUUAAAUCAAUACCUCAACCGCCUUUAUUACCACCGCAUUUAUUACAGGGUAUUCUAAAUAUGGACACAAACAUUCAUUGCGAUCCAAAUCUGCUGCCUCAACCAAAUCAUGUCAUUGUCAACCACUUAUAUGCCCUUUCGAUAAAGGACGGUGUAAUUGUGCUCAGUGUAAUUACUCGCUUCAGGCAAAAGUUUGUAUCAACCCUUUUUUAUAAACCAAUUGAAGGAUGACCAAAUAGUAUGCAUUACACAGACAGAAUACGAUAUCUUUUUGGUUGCUAUAACAUAUCAAGGAAUGAGCAGUUGCAAUAUACCGCUACAAACUUGCUAUAUAUAUAUAUACAUACUUUGUAAACCCACUUUUAGCCCCGUAAAAAUUUUUUUAAAGAAAAAACUACAUCGUCUUUUCGUGAUUUCUUAUAGAGAUAAACAAUUAAUUAUUUUUUUUUUAAAAAAAACAUUCAUUUAUUAUUAAAACAAAUCAUUUGGAAUUAAAAAUAUCAAAGAGGAAAUUGAACACCUAACAGACUACUACCAUAACAAAACUUAAAUAUACACAAAAAUGCUGCCAAUUUGAAAAGUUCUAAGAAAUUACACGAAAUAAAGAGCACAAAAUCUGUAAACAUAAAAGUUGGUAAGAAUUAACUGUUGAGCGAAAAUAAAUGCAGUAGUAAAUAUUAUUAAAUAAAUAGUAACAGUUAGAAAACUUUAGGUAUAAAUCGAUACGGCACUAGAGCUGCAUACUUUUGCCAUGCUGGGCCAUGUCUUCUUAAACAAGCGUCCUCCACAACCCUGGCACGAUGAAUAAGAUUGAGA